CGGGAGCGCAGUGGAAUGAGCGGAUGACGCUGUUCUCAAGCCUGCAGUCCUACGUGACACGCUGGCUCCGAAACUUAUUGAUGUAAGCCUUAUUUUCUGUUUUUCCGAAGUUGCCGUCUUGUAACUCGUGAGAAAAUAGAUUGAAAUACCAAUGUACUUUACUGACGUAUGCACAUGAUUAAUGUCAAAUAGUUUAUGUUUCGUGAUUGUGCAAGACUAACUAAACGAGGACUUCGGGAGUGUCUAGUUUUUGGAAACGCUGAACGGUCUUUAGUGGUUUUGAAUUUUGUUUCGCUGAAUUUAUUGAAAACAAUUAGUUUGUGGCUGGAUGUUUAUUUGGAGGAAAAGCGGACAGAAAUCCUGACAUUGGAAAGGGCGACGCGCGAGCUUCCCCCGCGCUCACGGUGAGCAUGUCGAGGCGGGGUCGCGAGACGGACCCAGGGGGGGCAGCGCCACCACCCAAAGGGCUAGCCAAGAAGAAACCGGUGUGUCCCAUCUUCAUAAGCGAAGAUUUUGCAAGAAGUGAGGCAAAUCUCACGCCCCCCAGGAACCUGGACUCACAGACCUCCAUCACUAUAGGAGACAAAAACUGUGAUAUCCAGGCAGAUGACCUGCUUUUCCUGUUGGAGUUGGGCCGUGGGGCAUACGGAGUGGUAGAGAAGGUGAGACACACCCAGAGCGGCACCAUUAUGGCUGUGAAGAGGAUCAGAGCUACAGUCAACAGCCAGGAGGAGAAGAGGUUGCUGAUGGACCUGGACAUCUCCAUGAGGACCAUGGACUGUCCAUACAUUGUCACCUUCUAUGGGGCACUUUUCAGAGAGGGAGAUGUCUGGAUUUGCAUGGAGCUCAUGGACAUGUCACUGGACAAGUUCUACAAAAAAGUCUUGGAGAAAAAGCGGAAGAUACCGGAGGACAUCUUGGGGAAAAUAGCAGUGUCUAUCGUCAAAGCAUUAGAACAUUUGCACAGUAAACUGUCAGUUAUUCACAGAGAUGUGAAGCCGUCCAACGUCCUCAUCAAUCACGAGGGCCACGUGAAGAUGUGUGACUUUGGCAUCAGUGGGUACCUGGUGAACUCAGUGGCCAAGACCAUGGAUGCAGGUUGUAAACCCUACAUGGCGCCGGAGAGGAUCAACCCAGAUGUAAACCAGAGUGGCUACAACAUCAGGUCGGAUGUGUGGAGCUUGGGGAUCACACUGAUUGAGCUGGCCAUCCUCCGAUUCCCCUACAAGUCAUGGAGCACCCCUUUCCAGCAGCUGAAGCAGGUGGUGGAGGACCCAUCACCCACUCUGCCUACUGACGGAUUCUCUCCAGAGCUGGUGGAGUUCACAGCUCACUGUUUGAGAAAGAAUCCAGAAGAAAGGCCAAACUACAUCAAACUGAUGGAUUAUGCCUUCUUCAAGAUUCACGCAUCCAAGGAAACAGAUGUAACCUCUUUUGUGAAAGAAAUUAUCGACGACAGUUUGGACUGAGCUUCUGGUCUCUGGCAGGACUCGUCCUCUCUUACCUUCUUUUUUUAUUUUGUCUCACUUCCUGAGGUCACGUACCAGCAUCAUUUGUUAUUUAUUAUUCUAUGAAUUUAGUAAAGGUUAUAAAUAGAAUCCGAUCUCUGCAUGACACAUAAUCAGCAGCAUGGGUGCCACCAAACCCUUGGGAACCUCUGGCCACCCCCUAAUGCAGCUGUAGAGAUUUAAUUUCAGAAGCGAAUCCAUCGAAAGCUGCGAUGCCCCAUCGGCCCGUUAACUGUGCUGGACCUGCCCUCAGUUUGUGUGGUUAACUUGAUUGCACCACAGCGCUCCUGAAUGAACUGGUAUGUACAGUUGUGUUCAAAAUAAUAGCAAUCCAACAUCACUAACCUGAUCAAUCACUGUUUUUGGUAAAAAUUAUAUUUCUACAUGGCAAAUAAUUUACUUGUAGGUGUAGUAGAGUAAUGGAAAACCAGCAGACUCAACAGUCAUGACAUGCAUGCUGCUGAUUCUGUGUAAUUGAAUCAUUAAUUGAAAGGCGCGUGUUCAAAAUAAUAGCAGUGUGAAGUUCAAUUAGUGAGGUCAUUCGUUCUGUGAAAAACCAGGUGCCAAUUAUGGGCCGUAUUCAAGUAAGGAAGGCAGCAAAUGUUGUACAUGCUGGUUGUAGUGCAUUUCUCUCUGAAAUUCUGAGUAAAAUGGGUCGUUCCAGACAUUGUUCAGAAGAACGGCAUACCUUGAUUAAAAAGUUGAUUGGAGAGGGGAAAACAUAUAAAGAAGUGCGUAAAAUGAUAGGCUGCUCGGCUGAAAUGAUCGCAAAUGCUUUAAAAUGGCAACCAAAACCUAAAAGACGUGGAAGGAAACGAAAAACUACCAUUCGAAUGGAUCGAAGAAUAGCCAAAAUGGCAAAGCCAAUGAUCAGCUCUAGGAAGAUCAAAGAAGGACUAAAGUUACCUGUGAGUUCUGUUACAAUCAGAUGACGCCUAUGUGAAGCCAAGCUAUCACCAAGAAGCCCCCGCAAAAUCCGAUUGCUGAAAAAAAGACGUGCUGAAGAGGUUACAGUUUGCCAAAGAAUAUAUUGACUGGCCUAAAGAGAAACGGCCACAUUUUGUGGGCUGAUGAAAGCAAGAUUGUUUGGUUUUUUUUUGGGUCUAGUGGCCGCAUGCAGUUUGUCAGACGACCCCCAAACACUGAAUUCAAGCCACAGUACACUGUGAAGACAGUGAAGCAUGGUGGCGCAAGCAUCAUGAUAUGGGGAUGUUUCUCAUACUAUGGUGGCGGGCCUAUUUAUCACAUACCAGGGAUCAUGGAUCAGUUUGAAUACCUCAAAAUACUUGAAGAGGUCAUGUCACCUUAUGCUGAGGAGGAAAUGCCCUUGAAAUGGGUGUUUCAACAAGACAACGACCCCAAACAUACCAGUAAACCAGCAACAUAUUGGUUCCAGACCAACAAGAUUGACGUUAUGGAGUGGCCAGCCCAAUCCCCGGACCUUAAUCCAAUAGAAAACUUGUGGGGUGACAUCAAAAAUGCUGUUUCUCAGGCAAAACCAAGAAAUGCCGAAGAAGUGUAGAAUGUAGUCCAAUCAUCCUGGUAUGGAAUACCUGUUCACGGGUGCCAGAAGUUGGUUGACUCCCUACAACACAAAUUGCAGCAGUUCUGAGAAGCAGUGGUUAUACAACUAAAUAUUAGUUCAAUGAUUCAAAGGAAAGCAAAACCUUAAAACAUUCUUUAGUUCAUACGGUGGAUGUCUGAGUUUGUAAAGAAGAAUGUGGACACUGCUAUUUUUUUGAACAGCUGAAUAUUCCCUUUCCUUCACUUUCUGUAAAGGAGUAACACAAAUGUGAUGAAUUUCUCUUCUUGUUUUGAUUUGGAAUAGAAUUUGUAGUGCUCCCAAUGCAUUUGCGUGUAUGGAAAUAAAAACUAUUAUAAGGA